AUGGGAAAGUCCAAGGUGAUGCCAGGGACGGUGGACACCACGGAGGCGGACAAGUCAACACCGAAGUCAAUUAUUAUUUACAGAGGCGAGGUUGGUAAUAACGUUCGCGCCCUCAUGCAUGACUGGCGUGCGGUGUUUUUGCCUUGGAGCAGCAGAAAUCUUCAUGGCAAAAACAGUUCCCUUAAAGACUUUCUGGUCAUUGCCUCAACCUUUAGUGUGUCACAUCUGCAGUUGUUUACUGCACCCCCGCAUGGAACGUCACUGCGCAUCAUGCGGUUUGCCAACGGUCCGACGUUAUGCUUCCGUGUCCUUUCUUUUGAGCUGCGUCAUGAGGUUGUCGCGACGCAGCGUCGUCCAGUGUCACUAAGCCACGCCGUCUGGGAGGUGGCGCCCAUUGUCGUGCUGAACAACUUUACCCACCCCGAUGCCCAGCGACGGCCUGAGGUGUCAUUGUUGGAGGCGACAUUUAAAGGUAUGUUCCCCACAGUGAAUAUUCAGUUGGUGAAGAACUCUGACAUUCAACGUGUGUGUCUCUUUCACUACGACCAUGUGGAGCACGUUGUGGAGGUGCGACACUACUUUAUUAAUGCGAAGGCUGUGGGCGUCAGUAAGACAGUCAAAAAACUUCUUGAACGUCGCUGCCCAACGAAGCUUGGGACGCUGGAGUCCAUUGACGAUGUUCUUGACCGCGAAGAUGUGUGGUCCGACACGGAUGGAGAGGGCGAGGAAGUGCCACUCGCUCAGCCCUUCCGCCAACACCGCGAGCAGUGCCGCAUUAAACUCCAGGAGAUUGGUCCUCGUCUCACGCUGCAGCUUGUGAAGGUUACAAACGGGUUUGCCAGCGGUGAGGUGCUGUUUCAUAGGUUUGAGAGCAAGACACCGGCGGAGGUGGCACAAAACGCCAUGAAGGUUCGCGCAAAGAGAAGCGAGAAGACCAAGCGAAGGGCGGAACAGGACGAAAACGUGCGCCGAAAAGAAAACAUGAAAGAAGAACGCUUGCGAGCAAAGCGGCAGAGACGUGAAGAGGCAAUGCGACGGCAGGCAGAGGACCCCCUGGACGUGGUGGACUCUGGCUAUGGCGCCGACGCGGAGUGA